GUACCUUUAAAUAGAUUUUAUUAGAAUUUGUGUUUUUAAAAGUCUCCUGAACAUAAACCUGUACUUUGUCAGAGCGGCUGAAGCUUCUUUCUUCAGCCCAAGGUAAAUGUUUUAGUGCUCCUUCUCAACAGCUAAUAUUGCCACUUUGCUAAGCAGAGCAUGAGCCUCCCUCGGACAGGGCAUUUGAAGAUAGCAAAGUUAGCAGGACGGGCGGUUAACGUCGGGUACCGCUAAACGGACCGGCGGCGGCGGUAGUUUUGCUUCCCGCUGCUACUUUUUGUGUUUGGACACAGUCAAGGAGACAACAGAGGACAACCAUGCUGCAGCUGGGAGACGAAGUCACCCUGUACUCGGUCGUCUUCCUGGUGGUCCUGCUGGGGACCCGGAGCCCGGUGUGGACGACCGUCGUCACCGCCUCUCUUUACCUCUUUCUGGUCAUGUUCCGGUUUCCCCAAGUACCAACCAGCCGAGCCCGCCAGGUGCUGCACCCGGCCAGGGGCGCGGCUGGCUCCGGUAAGGUGUCGGUGGUCGCUCACCGGGGCGGUGGGCACGACGCACCGGAGAACACAAUUGCAGCCAUCCGGGAGGCCAGUAAAAACGGGGCAACAGGCGUGGAGUUGGACCUCGAGUUCUCAGCAGAUGGCAUCCCAAUACUGAUGCACGAUGAGACUGUGGACCGGACCACCAAUGGGUCGGGACCGCUCAGCCAGAUGAAACUCUCUGAUUUGGGAAAACUUGAUGCAGCUGCUAAACAUCGACUCAGGGAGAAAUUUGCUGGAGAGAAGAUCCCAACUCUGGAGGAGGCCGUGGAGGAAUGCAUCAAACUGCAGCUCACCAUCUACUUUGAUGUCAAAGGUCAUCCAGAUCAGGCAGCUGCAGCCCUUAAAGAACUGUAUAAGAAACAUCCAGUCCUCUACAACAGCAGCAUCGUCUGCUCCUUUGAGCCUAAAGUCAUCUACAGGAUGAGACAGAGUGACCCAGAGGUGGUCACAGCAUUGACCCACAGGCCAUGGAGCCUGAGUCGUUUUGGAGACGGUGCCCCGCGGUUCUCUUCACUAUGGAAACACCAUUGGAUGACACUAAUGGACAUUGUGUUGGACUUAGCGCAUCAUCACGUGCUCUGGAAGCUCUGUGGCAUCUCAGCCUUCCUGAUACAAAAGAACUUUGUCUCACCGGACUAUGCACAGUUCUGGGCCCAGAGAGGGGUGGAGGUGGUAGCCUGGACUGUCAACACACAAGUGGAGAAAGAGUAUUACCAGGAGCUGCUACAAGUCAACUACAUCACAGACAGCCUGGUGGAAGACUGUGAACCUCAUUACUGACAACUCACAGGAACCCAGCAGAAUAUCCUCAAACACAUACUCAAGAUAAAACACACAUUAAAAGAACAUGUCACUACCCAUCACCCAUAUGUGGCAUUAGGUAAGAGAACAUACAGUGGGCCACUCUUUUAUUUCCAUGCACAUAUCCCAUCAAACUGACCAGACUGGGUGCCAUACUUAAAAUCAUGAGGCCAUGUUACAGGUUUUCUUCUGAUUCAUUCAUUUUAAUAUUAUGAUGAAUUCUCUCAGACAUGUCAGGACACCUGCAUUUAUAGACAUUUUAAUACAAACACUUGGGUAAUACGUGUCUAUAAUAGACCUUAAUCAAAUGUACUGUAUUCACCAGCUCAGGACUACAUUGAUUUUUUGGGUUUGUUUUUUGGUCUUGGUAAUUGUGUCUAUUUUACUGUCUCUCUCUCUACAUAUAUACAUACUGUAAGGUCAUGCACUGUCUGUGCUUUUUACUCAGUAAAGGCUAUUAGUCUGAAUUAAACUACCUAGAGAUGAGUUCUCUCAUUCAUGAAAAAUGAACACCAGUUUAGAACUAAUACAAAUAUUCAUUUAAUAUACUGAGAUGUAGAAUAGAGUAAUAUUGGUGCACAUAUAUUAGGUUUUUGAUCUUGUGUCUAGUGCAGUGCAUACAGACACAAUACAAUUCAGUAUUGACAUUAUUUCUAGAUAAUAAUGCAAUAUUAUUUGAGAAACAAAAUUUGCUUCUUGGUAGUGGAGCCCAUUGUGUCUGUAGUGCAGAUACCAGUGGCUCCAGUAACAUUUUAGCUUUGCCUCUGUCAGUGCUUCUCUAGAAACAAUAAAUGAUCUUUCUGCAGCUAUUCUCAAAUCCUCCUCUUAAGUCCCAAGAAAAGUAAUUAGAAUUACACUUGAGUACAAUUUAGUAACACAGUACUGUAUGUGGAAACACAAUAAGGCAGUGUAGAGGGGCAGUGAGGGACCUGAAAUGAAAUAGGCAGCAAUAAGGAUUUAUAGGGUAAAUGUACAGAGAUUUUAUGAGGCUUUAAAAGUGCAGUAGACCUGAGCUGUGCCAAUGAUCCAGAUUUGCAAUAUCAGGGCCUAAAUGGAACACAGCUCUAAUUAAUGUUAUUAAUUACACAAGCAUUUGACAAGUUGACUUCUCUGUUGGAUAGGUUUCUCAGACUCAACAGUGCUCUGAAAUAAGUCAGCAUGAAAGCUAGACUACUACCAUUUGAUGCUCUUUAACCAAACUAUCAAAAUCAGCUGCAUCAUAUCUAUGCUGAAAUGAAUCUAAGCAGCUCUAUUUUAAAAUCAUUAAAAAUUAGUCUUGUAAUUUUCAAGGAUAAUAAAAUGUUAGACUUAUAUCAUUGUUAGCCAUAAUUAGUUUUAAAAUGAAAAGAAAUUGUGAAGAUUUGAUUUCAUAUGACUUAAUAUUGUGAUGAAUGAUUGAAUUUAAUAAAAUUGUUAUUUGA